AUGGAACUAUCGUCAAUCAGUCGUUUCAACACAUGGAAAAUGGAAAGCGAAGAAACUAAAAAUUCAACUUUCGCUGGCCUUGGGCUCAAUGAUUGGCUUGUUGACCAAGUAAACGCUUUGGGGAUGCAUAGACCAUCACCCAUUCAACAUUUCUGUGUACCGAAAAUACUGGAUGGUUCAGAUUGUAUUGGGUGUGCAAAGACUGGAAGUGGCAAAACUGCGGCAUUUGCUCUCCCAAUUCUCCAGAAGCUUUGUGAAGAUCCAUAUGGUAUAUUUGGACUCGUCAUAACACCUACAAGAGAGCUCGCAUUCCAGAUAGCCGAACAGUUCAAUGUUUUGGGAAAACCUAUAGGAAUAAAGGUGAUUGUUAUCACUGGGGGAAGAGAUUCUGUCUUACAAGGAAUUGAACUAUCACAGAAGCCCCAUAUUGUCAUUGCAACCCCUGGACGCCUGGCAGACCAUAUUGAAAACACACAACAUGUGAGCUUUAAGAAGAUACGAUUUCUGGUCCUCGAUGAAGCUGAUCGACUUCUGGAAGAUAACUUCAAUGAACAGCUGGAAACAAUAUUUUCUGUAUUACCGAAAAAGCGCCAAACAUUGCUGUUUAGUGCAACAUUUACAGAGACAUUGAGAGAACUUCAAGAUGUAGCUUUGAAUACACCAUUUGUAUGGCAUUGUACUGCACCGGUGGCAACAGUAGAUCAGCUUGACCAGAGAUAUGUCCUCAUGCCAGCUGACGUAAAAGACGCAUACCUAGUCCUCAUUGUGAAAAAUUUCUUGGAGAAAAAAACCAGAAGUGCAAUCAUGAUUUUCUCAAGUACUUGCAAGUAUGUUCAGAUCCUAGGAAUGGUGUUUAGAGAGGUUGGUAUACCUGCUGUUGUCAUUCAUUCCCAGAUUGCACAGAAACUCCGCCUCUCUUCAUUGGCAAGAUUUAAGUCGCACCAAGCACGUGUUCUAAUAGCCACUGAUGUUGCCAGUAGGGGUCUAGAUAUCCCAACAGUGGAUCUUGUGGUGAACCACAAUGUCCCCAAUGUGCCAAAGAAUUAUGUGCAUAGAGUUGGACGAACUGCUAGAGCUGGCAGAGGUGGAAUGGCUCUAACACUUGUCACUCAAUUUGAUGUCAAACUGGUUCAUGCAAUUGAAACACAUAUAAAUACAAAGAUGGCUGACUAUCCUGUUGUAGAGGAAGAGGUGACAAAAAUUCUCACUGAAGUGAAUGUUGCGAAACGAGAAGCAGAAAUUAAACUUGAUGAGAAAGACUUUGGUGAGGCGAAAUCUAUCAACAAGAGGAAAAAGUUGAUUCUGGAGGGAAAGGAUCCUGAUGCAGAUGAUAGAAGGAAAGAAAAGCAGGCUCGGCAUAAGGAAAAACCAACAACUUCACAAAAAUCUCACAAUGGUAAAAUUAAGAAGGACACAAAAACCAAACACACUCAUAAAAAGCAUAAAUCAAAGACGAGCAAAUCAAAAAUUGAAACAGCAUAACUGAAUGGAGAAAUGGUGUAUAUACUGUGUAGAAUAAAAUGAAAUAUUAU